AUGGGCCAGCCGGCAGCAGCCAGCCAGCCCUCCAGCAGCAGCAGCAGCGGUGGCCCUGGCCAGCUGCAGUGGUCCCGGCCAGCAGGAGCUGUCCUGGCCAGCAGAAUUGGUCCAGCCGGCAGCAGCCAGCCAGCCCUCCAGCAGCAGCAGCAGCAGUGGUCCCGGCCAGUUGCAUCGGUCCAGCUGGCAGCAGCCAGCCAGCCAGCCAGCCCUCCAGCAGUAGCAGCAGCAGCGGCCCUGGCCAUCAGCAGCAGUGCCGGCCAGCAGCAGCGGUCCCGGCCAGCACCAGCGGCCAGCUGGCAGCAGACAGCCAGCCAGCCAGCCAGCCAACCAGCCCUUCAGCAGCAGCAACAGCUGGCCCUCCAGCAGCAGCAGCAGCAGCAGCAGCAGCAGCCCCGGCCACAGCAGCAGCAGCAGCAGCAGCAGCAGCAGCAGCAGCGGCGGCCCCGACCAGCAGCAGCUGCCCCGGCCAGCAGCAGCAGUCCCGUCCAGCAGCAGUGGUCCAGCCCGGCGGUCACGUGCAGCAGUAGCGGUCCCGGCCAGCAGCAGCGGUCCAGUGGGCAGCAGAAAGCCAGCCAACCAGCCCUCCAGCAGCAGCAGCAGCAGCUGCUGCAUCGGCCAGCAUCAGUGGUCCCGGCCAGCAGCAGUGGUCUCGGGCAGCAGCUGCGGUCCAGCCGGCAGGAGCCAGCCAGCCAGCGAGCCCAUCAGCAGCAGCAGCGACCCCGGCCACCAGUAGCUGUCCCGGCCAGCAGCAGCGGUUCUCCCGGCAGCAGCCAGCCAGCCAUCCAGCCCUCCGGCAGCAGCAGCGGCCGCGGCCAGCAGCAGUGGUCCCAGCAGCAGCAAUGCAGCAGCGGCGCCGGCCAGCAGCAGUGGUCCCAGGCAGCAGCAGCUGUCCCGGCCAGCAGCAGUGGUCCAGCCAGUUGCAGCCAGCCAGCCAGCCAGCCUUCCAGCAGCAGCAGCAGCUGCGCAGCAGCAGCAGCAGCGGCAGCAGCAGCAGCAGCUCCGGCCAGCAGCAGCGGCCCCAGCCACAGCCAGCCAACCAGGCAGCCCUCCAGCACCAGCAGCAGCAGUGGUCUCGGCAAGCAGCAGUGGUCCAGCCAGCAGCAGCCAGACACCCCUCCACAUGCAGCUGCAGCGGCCCCGGACAACAGCAGAGGUCGUGGGCAGCAUUGGAGGUCCAGCUGCCAGCAGCCAGCCAGCCCUCCAGCAACAGCAGCAGCAGUGGCCCUGGGGAGCAGCAGCGGUCCCGGCCAGCAGCAGCGGUCCAGCUGGCAGGAGCCAGCCAGCCAGCCACCCCUUCAGCAGCAGCAGCAGCAGCGAACCCGUCCAGCAGCAGCUGUCCCGGCCAGCAGCAGUGGUCCCAGCCAGCAGCAGCGGUCCAGCGGGCACCAGAAAGCCAGCCAGCCAGCCUUCCAGAACCAGCAGCAGCAGCAGCAGUGGCUCCGACCAGCAGCAGCGGCCCUGAUAGUAACAGCGGUCCCGGCCAGCAGCAGUGGUCCCGGCCAGCAGGAGCGGUCCGGGCCAGCAGAAUUGGUCCAGCCGGCAGCAGCCAGCCAGCCCUCCAGCAGCAGCAGCAGCAGCGGUCCCGGCCAGUUGCGUCGGUCCAUCUGGCAGCAGUCAGCUAGCCAGCCAGCCCUUCAGCAGCAGCAGCAGCAGCAGCAGCACAGCGGUCCCAGCCAGCAGCAGCGGUCCCAGCCAGCAGCAGCGGUCCAGUGGGCAGCAGAAAGCGAGCCAGCCAGCCCUCCAGCAGCAGCAGCUGCUGCUGCUGCAUCGGCCAGCACCAGCGGUCACGGCCAGCAGCGGCGGUCCAGCCGGCAGCAGCCAGCUAGCCAGCCAGCCCUCCAGCAGAAUCAGCAGCAGCGGUCCCGGCCAACAGCAGCGGUCCCAGGCAGCAGCAAUGGUCCCGUCCAGCAGCAGUGGUCCAGCCGGCAGCAGCCAGCCAGCCAGCCCUUCAGCAGCAGCUGCAGCAGCGGCCCUGGCAGCAGCAACUGUCCCGGCCAGCAGCAGCGGUCCAGCCUGCAGAAGACAGACAGCCUGCCAGCCCUCAAGCAGCAGCAGCGGCCCCAGCCAGUAGCAGCGAUCCUGGCCAGAAGCUGUGGUCCAGCCGGCAGCAGCCAGCCAGCCAGCAAGACAGGCAACCCACCAGCACCAGCAGCAGUAGCGGUCCCGGCCAGAAGCAGUGGUCUCGGCAAGCAGCAGUGGUCCAGCCAUAGCAGCCAGCCACCCCACCACAAGAAGCUGCAGCAGCAGCUACCCCGGACAACAGCAGAGGUCCCGGCCAGCAGCGGCAGUCCAGCCGGCAGCAGCCAGCUAGCCAGUCCGCCCUCCAGCAGCAGUAGCAGCAGCAGCAGCGGCCCUGGCCAGCAGCAGCUGUCCCGACCUGCAGCAGUGGUGCCGUCCAGCAGCAGUGUUCCUGUCCUGCAGCAGUGGUCCAGUCGGCAGCAGCCAGCCAGCCAGCCAGCCCUCCAGCAGCAGCACCUGCCCCAGUCAGUUGCACAGCAGCAGCAGCGGUCCCGGCCAACAGCAGUGGUCCCAGGCAGCAGCAAUGUUCCCGUCCAGCAGCAGUGGUCCAGCCAGCAGCAGCCAGCCACCCCUCCACAAGCAGCUGCAGCAGCGGCGUCUCCGGACAACAGCAGAGGUCCCGGCCAGCAGCGGCGGUCCAGCCGUCAGCAGCCAGCUAGCCAGCCAGCCCUCCAGCAGCAGCAGCAGCAGCAGCAGCAGCGAACCCGUCUAGCAGCAGCUGUCCUGGCCAGCAGCAGCCAGCUAGCCAGCCAGCCCUCCAGUAGCAGCAGCAGCAGCGGUCCCGGCCAACAGCAGUGGUCCCAGGCAGCAGCAAUGGUCCCAGCCAGCAGCAGCGGUCCUGGCCAGCAAUCAGCUAGCCCUCCGGCUACAGCAGCGGCCCUUUCAGCAGCAGCGGUCCCGGCCAGCAGCAGCGGUCCAGCCUGCAGCAGACAGACAGCCUGCCAGCCCUCCAGCAGCAGCAGCGGCUCCGGCCAGCAGCAGCGGCCCCAGCCAGUAGCAGCGAUCCUGGCCAGAAGCUGUGGUCCAGCCGGCAGCAGCCAGCCAGCCAGCCAGACAGGCAACCCUCCAGCACCAGCAGCAGCAGCGGCGGUCCCGGUCAGAAGCAGCGGUCUCGGCAAGCAGCAGUGGUCCAGCCAGCAGCAGCCAGCCACCCCUCCAGAAGCAACUGCAGCAGCGGCGGCCCCGGACAACAGCAGAGGUCCCGGCCAGCAGCGGAGGUCCUUCCGGAGGCAGCCAGCUAGCCAGCCAGCCCUCCAGCAGCAGCAGCAGCAGCAGCUGUCCCGACCACCUCAGUGGUGCCAUCCAGCAGCAGUGGAUCGGCCAGAAGCAGCGGUCCAGCGGGCAGGAGCCAGCCAGCCAGAUAGCCCUUCAGCAGCAGCAUCAGCAGCAGCGACCCCGUCUAGCAGCAGCUGUCACGGCCAGCAGCAGCGGUUCUCUCAGCAGCAGCCAGCUAGCCAGCCAGCCCUCCAGUAG